AUGACUUCAGAAAAGACUUAUUUUCAAGAGGAUUGGUUACAACAAGAUAUUUAUAAAGAUUGGUUAGUUCCCAACGCACAUGCAAAAACUAAAGCUCAUUACAAAAAAUGUAAAAAAUCAUUUGAAUUGUCCAAUAUGGGUAUUCAGGCUGUUAAAAGUCAUGCAGCAGGUAAGAAGCAUCAGUCUGCUACAAAGCCUGCUAGUUGUUUCUUUAUUAACGGAAAAGAGUUGCAUGCUGAACCACUUGGAAGUGAUGAAAAAAUAUCCACAUUUUUCACCAAAAAACAAGCAACUAUUGUCUCUUUAAUUAAAUCAUCAUUAUCAACUAAUGCUGAGAUCAUAUGGGCCCUGAAAUCUACAAUGAGCUGCUACUCUAAUAACUCAUGUGCAAACUUUUAA